UUUUUUUUUCAUGUUAUUGUUUCUUGAAAAACAUUAUUAAUUCUUUGUUCUUAUUUUAAUAUUUUAGGUUCGGAAAUAGUUGGUCCAAAACAACGUUUAUUUGCUGGUAUUGUCAUUAAGUAUUUCUUUGCAUUAGGUGAAUUAUUACUCUUGGCUUUUGCUUUACAUAUUCGAACAUGGCAAACAUUGAACGCAGUUCUUGCUGUUGUUCCUGUACCUUUUAUCUUUUUCUACUUUAUUUUACCUGAAAGUCCUCGAUGGCUUAUUUCUGAACAACGUUAUGAUGAAGCUGGAUCGAUUUUUCAUCACAUUGCUGAAAGAAACAAAAAACAGUUUGAUCCAAUACUUUAUCAACGUUUUGUGAGAGAGGAUAAAAAAAGAGUAGCUGCUAAUCAAGAAAGGAAUCAUGGAUGUAAAGCUUUAUUUCAUUCAAAAGUUAUGGGCAUCAUUGCAGUGAAUAUGUCAUAUCAAUGGUUUGUACAAAAUCUUGUUUUUUAUGGCAUUUCACAAAAUACUGGUGCAUGGUUACGCAAUCCAUACAUCGCGUUUGGAGCUAGUGCUCUUGUUGAACUAUUAGCAUACUUUGUCGUUCAUCUAGUACUUGAUCGAUGGGGUCGCAAAUUAACAUACUGUUUAUUUGUACUAGCACUUGCAUGCACGGCACUGCUCGUUGUACCAAUUCAAAUGGUCUUUCCAAAAGAUAGCGAAAAUCAAUAUAUUCUUAUGUUCAUAAUAAAUAGUGCUCUUAAGUUUUUUUCAUCAGGUUCAUAUGUAAUUAUUUACAUAUAUGCCAAUGAAACAUUCCCAACAGAAGGUCGCAAUACGGGAAUGGGUGUAUGUUCAAUGAUUGCGCGUGUUGGAGCAAUCAU